CAGAGACGCCUGCUGGCGAUACCGAGAAAACAACUGCGGAAAGUUGGACACUGAAUAUAGCACAACACGUUUGCGUAGUCAGAGAUCGUUGCAAAAGUUUGCAAAGGAUCAUGAAGGAGGACAAAGAAAACACGCGUCCCAGAGAAAAGAAACUGGAAAUAAAGUAUGAUGAAAAUGAAAAACCAGAGAAGCCCAGUAAAGAGAAGAAGGAGGCUAUGACAAAGAUUGUUAUCCGACGUCUCCCUCCCAGUCUAACUAAAGACGAACUAGUUGAGCAACUUCAGCCUCUUCCAGAACUGGACUACCUGGAGUUUUUCUCAAGUGAUACUAGUCUUUUUCCUCAUCUAUUUGCAAGAGCAUAUCUGAAUUUCAAAAAUCAAGAUGACAUUGUUCUCUUCAGAGAUCGUUUUGAUGGCUAUGUCUUCAUUGAUAGUAGAGGACAAGAGUAUCCAGCCAUUGUUGAGUUUGCACCAUUCCAAAAAGUUGCUAAGAAAAGGAGUAAGAAGAAGGAUGCUAAAAGUGGAACAAUUGAAGAUGAUUCUGAUUAUAAGAAGUUUUUGGAAUUCUACAAUGGCGAUGAGGAAAAAUUUCCUUCCAAUCCAGAGACUUUACUUGAGGAAAUAGAGGCCAAGACAAAAGAACUCAGUUCUAAAAAGACUACCCCUCUAUUGGACUUCCUUAAGAAUAAACAGAGAAUAAGAGAGGAGAAAAAAGAAGAGAGGAGACGAAGGGAGCUGGAACGCAAACGUUUGCGAGAUGAAGAGCGACGUAAGUGGAGAGAGGAGGACAGAAGAAAAAGAAAAGAGGCUGAGAAAUUAAAAAAGGCGGAAAAAGCAUCUUAUAAGGAUAAAGACCAGUCAAAAGAAGAACAGCCAAAAAUCAAGCUACUAAAGAAACCAGAGAAAGCAGAAGAUGGUGAUACUGAGAAGCCUAAAGAGAAGCCUAAGAAACAGAGGGAAGAUCGAGCUCCUGGAGGAGAUAUGAAGAAACGACAGAAUGGUGAACACAGGGACGAGAAAGGCAACAAAUCAGAGGAUGCUGGGCAUAAAGAUUACAGGGACCGUGAUGGAGAAAGAGAAAGGAGACAGAAAGAAAAAGAACGCUUUAGAAAACAAGACGAGGAGCGGAGGAGGAGAAGGGAACGUCAGGAUGGAGAAAACACCUACAAAAAGAGAGAAGAUGAGGGAAGAAAGGAAAAGGAACGUGUUUGGGAGAAGAGAAAGCAUGAGAACACUGGAGAAUCAUCUGGGAAUGUUCAUCCUGAAAAGUCAUCAAAAGAAAACAAAAAAGAAGACAGUUCUAGAAAAGAUCGUAUGAGAAAUAAGGAUCGACCCGCAAUUCAACUGUACCAGCCUGGGGCGAGGAGCCGUAACCGACCAGGAAGCGGCAGCGGAGGAGCUGGAGGAGAGGGACAGGCAGCAGAGAGGAGGGCUGAUAAAGAGGCGAAGAAUACACCAGAGAAAGCUGCGGAGUGAGAAAGCAGCCCCGUGCUAGCAUGGCAUAAUUACUAAAGAGAGAGGAGGGGCUCUUACUCGAAUCAAGGCAAAUUUACAUCUUCAAAACAUGGUGCUGCCAUCAAACGAAUUUCCCCACUUAAAAAAAAAGAAAACUCUGUCAGUGACAUGAGAGCACAAAGCCCUCCAGUGCCUGAAAGAGCCCUCAAAAGUAUCUGUUUAUGAGCAAGGCAAGGAGUGAUUCAGUUCCCGUAUGAUAGGUGGAUUUGAGAAACGGGGCAUAGACGAGAGAAGCCAAGCGAUUGGACCACGAUAACUUAAAGUGACCUUACUUUUGGUACACAGCCAAACUUAUUUCACUUUACAUGCUUUUUUGCUUCUUAGUUUGUUAAAGAGGUCUGAUCAAGCUUGCUUAGGGUUUAUCACUGUUCUACUGUAGACAAGAUUAUAUUGCGCCUCUACACAUCAAACUAUUACCAUACAUCACAUUUCACUUUGGACAAUCAGUAACAUUUGUUCUUUAGCUUGUGGCUGUUCGAAAGAUACUAGCUUCUGUUGAAAUUACAUUUAGAUAUUGGUCACUUGGAAAAAGAGCCAUGCUUUAUGAUGCCAAUGCCUUUGUCAUUGUUCUUUUGUGCAAGUCGACUAAAUUAUAUGCAAAAACAUAUGUGGCCUUCCUUAAUUUUUGAACUAUAACAUAUCAUACAAAAAAUGCAACUAGCUUGGAUUGGAAAUUAUCACAUGUGCUUUUAUUCAGUUGUACCUUUUCUUAACUCAAAUACCGCUUGUUUUCCUUCUGUAGUUGCAACUCUGUUAAAACUGAAGAGAAAUCCAAAAAGACAAUAAAAGAAACCUAUGGGUUAC